GUCUCCAAGAUGGCGGCCGUGUCAGUUUGGGGCAUCUCCGCGGUCCGGCCCGGGGCCCCGCUUACCCGGCGCUCUUCAUCCCCGGCAUAAGAUGCACAUUUUUCUGCUGGGAAUGAGAUGUUCUUGAGUUCUUACAACUUUAUGAACAGACCCAUGUGUGGUGCUAUUGAGAAGUUUGUUGAGAAGUUUGAAGAUAUUUCAGAUAACAGGUUGUUUUGGUUUCUAAAGUAAAAGUGGGGAGGCACUCUGUUUUGUGAAAGGAGGAAGGACUCAGGCCAGAAAACUUGUAUGCUAUGGUUAACUGGUUCCCAGCCUCCGGGAAUGUUGUUUUCCAUGGUGUAAAACUUACUCAGCAUCAGGAUAAGGGAUAACGACUCUAUGGAUAUACAGAAUCCUUCACCAUGGUAAAACUCGCCAACCCGCUGUAUACGGAGUGGAUUUUGGAGGCCAUCAAAAAAGUGAAGAAGCAAAAACAGCGUCCUUCCGAAGAAAGGAUAUGCAAUGCAGUGUCUUCAUCCCAUGGCUUGGAUCGCAAAACUGUUUUAGAACAAUUGGAGUUGAGCGUCAAAGAUGGAACAAUUUUGAAAGUCUCAAAUAAAGGACUCAAUUCCUAUAAAGAUCCUGAUAAUCCUGGGCGAAUAGCACUUCCUAAACCUCGAAAUCAUGGAAAAGUGGAUAAUAAACAAAAUGUAGAUUGGAAUAAACUGAUCAAGCGGGCAGUCGAGGGCUUGGCAGAGUCCGGUGGCUCCACCUUGAAAAGCAUUGAACGUUUUUUGAAAGGUCAGAAGGAUGUGUCUGCCUUGUUUGGAGGCGGUGCUGCGUCUGGCUUUCACCAGCAGUUACGAUUGGCUGUUAAACGCGCCGUUGGCCACGGCAGACUCCUGAAGGAUGGACCUCUUUAUCGGCUCAACACUAAGGCAACCCCUGUGGAUGGGAAAGAGAGUUGUGAGUCUCUUUCUUCUUUACCUCCAGUGUCACUCCUUCCACAUGAAAAGGAUAAGCCAGUUGCUGAACCAAUCCCCAUCUGUAGUUUCUGUCUUGGUACAAAAGACCAAAACCGAGAAAAGAAGCCAGAGGAACUAAUCUCCUGUGCAGACUGCGGCAACAGUGGUCAUCCAUCCUGUUUAAAGUUUUCCCCCGAGCUAACGGUUAGAGUGAAGGCCUUACGGUGGCAGUGCAUCGAGUGUAAAACGUGCAGCUCCUGUCGAGAUCAAGGCAAAAAUGCAGAUAACAUGCUCUUUUGUGAUUCCUGUGACCGAGGUUUUCACAUGGAGUGUUGUGAUCCGCCACUCACCCGGAUGCCAAAAGGCAUGUGGAUAUGUCAGAUAUGUCGACCUAGGAAAAAAGGACGAAAACUUCUACAGAAGAAGGCGGCACAGAUAAAACGGCGCUAUGCUAAUCCAAUAGGACGUCCAAAAAACAGGUUAAAGAAACAAAACACGGUGUCAAAAGGUCCCUUCAGCAAAGUUCGAACAGGCCCUGGAAGGGGUCGGAAACGUAAAAUCACUCUCUCCAGCCAGUCAGCAUCGUCAUCAGAAGAUGGAUAUCUAGAGCAAAUAGAUGGCUUGGACUUCUGCAGAGAUGGCAGCGUCCCCUUGAAGUUCAAUAAGAAAACCAAAGGGCUCAUCGAUGGCCUUACCAAAUUCUUUACCCCUUCCCCUGAUGGGCGGAAACCUCGAGGGGAAGUGGUGGACUACUCUGAGCAAUAUAGAGUCAGGAAAAAGGGCAACAGAAAAUCAAGCACUUCCGAUUGGCCCACAGACAAUCAGGAUGGCUGGGACGGCAAACAAGAAAGUGAGGAACGGCUUUUUGGGAGCCAGGAAAUCAUGACUGAGAAAGAUAUGGAAUUAUUUCGUGAUAUCCAAGAACAAGCACUGCAGAAGGUUGGAGUGACCGGUCCCCCUGACCCACAAGUCCGCUGUCCCUCUGUUAUUGAGUUUGGGAAGUAUGAGAUCCACACCUGGUACUCUUCUCCAUACCCUCAAGAAUACUCAAGGCUGCCUAAGUUGUAUCUCUGUGAAUUCUGUCUAAAAUAUAUGAAAAGUAGAACUAUUCUACAGCAGCACAUGAAGAAAUGUGGUUGGUUCCAUCCUCCUGCUAAUGAGAUUUAUAGAAAGAAUAACAUUUCUGUCUUUGAGGUUGAUGGGAAUGUGAGUACCAUUUAUUGUCAGAACCUGUGUCUCUUGGCAAAAUUGUUUCUUGACCACAAAACACUCUAUUAUGACGUGGAGCCAUUUCUUUUUUAUGUACUAACCCAGAAUGAUGUCAAGGGCUGCCACCUUGUUGGCUAUUUUUCUAAAGAAAAGCACUGCCAACAGAAGUACAACGUUUCCUGUAUAAUGAUUCUUCCCCAGUACCAACGCAAGGGCUAUGGCAGGUUUCUCAUCGAUUUCAGUUAUUUGUUAUCAAAGCGUGAAGGCCAAGCGGGGUCUCCAGAGAAACCGUUAUCCGACCUCGGUCGUCUAUCCUACAUGGCUUAUUGGAAAAGUGUCAUAUUGGAGUGCCUUUAUCACCAAAAUGACAAGCAGAUCAGCAUCAAGAAGUUAAGUAAGUUGACUGGAAUCUGCCCUCAAGACAUUACUUCCACACUCCACCACCUGCGAAUGCUGGACUUCCGGAGUGACCAAUUUGUGAUUAUCCGCCGGGAAAAACUUAUCCAAGAUCACAUGGCAAAGCUUCAGCUGAAUCUGCGGCCCGUGGAUGUAGAUCCAGAGUGUUUGCGCUGGACUCCUGUCAUAGUCUCCAAUUCCGUCGUCUCGGAGGAGGAGGAGGAGGAGGAGGAGGAGGAAGAGGAGGAGGAGGAGGAAGAAGAGGAGGAGGAGGAGGAAGAGGAAGGAGAACAGGAAGAGCCUCAGAGCCAGGAAGGAGAAUUAGAGCCGAGUGUGGGGAAGUCUGCAUCUCGUGAGAACAAAGAACAAGAUUCUUAUGCUUCGGUAGAAAGUGAAAAGAAACCAGAAGUUACGGCACCAGCCAGUUCUGCGCGUUUGAACAAACAGCUCCUUCCCCGUGACAGUCUUCCUGCCAAUAAUCAGCCAUCGCGGAGAGGCCGCUGGAGGAGGAAGAACAGAAAAGCCCAGGAGCGCUUUGGUGAUGAGGAUUCAAAACUGCUUUUGGAAGAGACAUCAGCUCCUGCGGAGCAGUAUGGAGACUGUGAGGACACAUCAGAAACCUGCCAAGAACAGUACCCGGAAAGCCAGGAGCAGCCGGCAGCCUCGCAGGAGCAGCAGAGCCAGGACGGGAAGCCAGAUGGUCCCAAAAGAAGACCGAGUGAGGGGCUCGAGCUCUGGCGAGGACCGCUCAAGAGAAGCCCCGAGCCUCUGAAGUGUGGGCCGCCAGAAAGCCACGACAGGCUGCCCCGUCGCUACAGCGAAGGUCGCUACAGCGAUGGGGACAGGGCCCUCCUGCGGGGCUGCAGCGAGAGCAGUGAGGAGGAGGGGGAGCCCGAGAGCCCGCGGUCCAGCUCGCCCCCGGUCCUCACCAAGCCCACGCUGAAGCGGAAGAAACCAAUUCUUCACCGAAGAAGGCGAGUCCGAAAGCGCAAACACCACAAUAGCAGUGUGGUCACAGAAACCAUUUCUGAGACCACGGAGGUCUUAGACGAGCCUUUUGAAGACUCUGACUCCGAGAGGCCGAUGCCAAGAUUAGAACCCACGUUUGAGAUUGACCAGGAGGAAGAGGAAGAGGAUGAGAACGAGCUCUUCUCUCAAGGGUACUUCCGUCACUUGUCCUCACAGGACGUUCUCAGGUGUCGACCCGCUUCUAAGAGGAAGUCUAAAGACGGGGACGAAGACGAAGAUUCAGAUGAUGCCGACGACACUCCUAUCCUAAAGCCAGUAUCUCUUUUGAGAAAAUGUGAUGUGAAGGAUUCUCCACUUGAGCCAGAUACGUCCACGCCCAUGAAAAAGAAGAAGGGAUGGCCCAAGGGCAAGAGCCGCAAACCAGUCCACUGGAAGAAAAGACCUGGUCGCAAGCCGGGACUUAAGCUGAAUCGGGAGCUGGCGGCCGUUUCUACUCGAGAAUGCGUUGUCGAGCCCGUUGUCCCCCUUCCUGAGCCGGGACGUGAACCCCAAGUUCAAGAGAACCAGGAAGCUGUGGGACCACGAGAAGACCUGCCUUUAAGGGAGGAAAGGAAGGAAGGGGAGGAGCUGCCCCUGGAAGCAGAGGAGGGGGAGGAGGGGGAGGAGGAGGAGGACACCACCAGCAGUGACGUCAGGGCGGCCUCUCCGGCGGACAGUGGCAGCCCCGAGACCGGAGCCAAGGGGCCCGAGGUGGGCGAGGAGGAGGAGGAGGAGCCCCGCGUCCCUGCCGGGCAGCAGCCGUCGGAGGAGGGGCCGCAGGAGCUGGCGCAGCGUGCACGUGAGGAGGAGGAGGAGGAGGAGGAGGAGGACGCCGCUGCGGAGACCCACCAGAGCGAAGACCACGACGCGGAUGAUGAGGACGACGGCCACCUGGAGUCCACAGAGAAGAAGGGGCCGGAGGAGCAGCCGGCUGGGGGCGACGUCAAGGAGGAGCACGGUGGCCAGGAGUCUUUUUUAGAUCCUGACGUGCACAGCAGUCGGGAGCACGCGAAGGACAAGGAGGAGACGGAGCCGGAUUCCGAAGAGGAGCAGACUUCCCACGAAGCGUCCGUGGUCUCGGAGCACAUGCCGGGCUCUGAGGACGACCACGAGGAGGACUCCCACUCUAAGGAAGAGCUGCUGCAGCUGAAAGAGGAGGCGGAGAUCGCGCACAGCGACCUGGAUCUGGAAACCGUGCAGGCCGUGCAGUCUUUGACUCAGGAGGAGAGCAGCGAGCAUGAGGGCGCCUACCAGGACUGCGAGGAAACCCUGGCGGCCUGUCAGACCCUGCAGAGCUACACCCAGGCCGACGAGGACCCGCAGCUGCCCCUGGUGGAGGACUGCCACGCCUCGGAGCACAACAGCCCGCUGUCUUCUGUCCAGUCCCACCCCAGCCAGUCGGUGCGCUCGGUCGGCAGUCCCAGCGUGCCUGCCCUCGAAGGGGGCUACACCCAGAUCAGCCCGGAGCAAGGAUCCCUGUCCGCGCCGUCUAUGCAGAACAUGGAGACCAGCCCCAUGAUGGACGUGCCUUCCGUAUCGGACCACUCCCAGCAGGUGGUGGACAGCGGCUUCAGCGACCUGGGCAGCAUCGAGAGCACCACGGAGAACUACGAGAACCCCAGCAGUUACGACUCCACGAUGGGUGGCAGCAUCUGCGGGAACAGCUCCUCCCAGAGCAGCUGCUCCUACGGCGGCCUGUCGUCCUCCAGCAGCCUCACCCAGAACAGCUGCGUGGUCACCCAGCAGAUGGCCGGCGUGGGCGGCAGCUGCAGCCUGAUGCCGCAGAGCAGCGUCCCGCCCGCCGCCGCCACCUGCAGCAUCAAGUCCCCUCAGAGCUGCGCAGUGGAGCGGCCUCCCAGCACCCAGCAGCCGCCGCCGCCCCAGCCGCCCCCGCAAGCGCCGCCGGCCCCGCCGCCGGCCCCGCCCCCGCCGCCGCCCCCGCCGGCCCCGCAGCCGCCGCCGCCGCCCCCGCAGCCCCAGCCCCCGGCCCCGCCCCCGCAGCAGCAGCAGCCCCCGCUGUCCCAGUGCAGCAUGAACAGCAGUUUCACCCCAGCGCCCAUGAUCAUGGAGAUCCCAGAAUCUGGAAGCACGGGGAACAUCAGCAUCUACGAGAGGAUCCCUGGGGACUUCGGGGCCGGCAGCUACUCCCAGCCGUCAGCCACCUUCAGUCUAGCCAAGUUGCAGCAGCUGACCAACACCAUUAUGGACCCUCAUGCCAUGCCUUAUAGCCAUUCUCCUGCUGUGACUUCCUAUGCAACCAGUGUUUCUCUAUCCAACACGGGACUGGCUCAGCUGGCUCCGUCUCACCCCUUGGCUGGGACCCCUCAAGCACAAGCCACCAUGACGCCGCCCCCGAACUUGGCCUCCACUACCAUGAACCUCACGUCCCCUCUGCUGCAGUGCAACAUGUCUGCCACCAACAUUGGCAUUCCCCACACUCAGAGGCUGCAAGGGCAGAUGCCAGUCAAGGGGCACAUCUCCAUCCGCUCCAAGUCCGCGCCCCUGCCCUCCGCGGCAGCUCACCAGCAGCAGCUGUAUGGUCGCAGCCCACCUGCGGUCGCCAUGCAGGCUGGCCCUCGUGCGUUGGCUGUUCAGCGUGGCAUGAACAUGGGGGUUAAUUUGAUGCCAACCCCCGCCUAUAAUGUCAAUUCCAUGAAUAUGAACACCUUGAACGCCAUGAACAGCUAUCGGAUGACGCAGCCCAUGAUGAACAGCAGUUACCAUAGUAACCCUGCCUACAUGAACCAGACAGCACAGUAUCCUAUGCAGAUGCAGAUGGGGAUGAUGGGGAGCCAGGCCUAUACCCAGCAGCCUAUGCAGCCAAACCCUCAUGGAAACAUGAUGUACACGGGCCCCUCCCAUCACAGCUACAUGAACGCUGCUGGCGUGCCCAAGCAGUCACUCAACGGACCUUACAUGAGAAGAUGAGCAAGACGAACUUGCAGUUAAAAACUUAAAUAUAUAUAAAUAAAGGAACCUUUUAUACUGACAAA